AUGUCACAACAGAACAAUCAACCAAACCUACAAACACCAAACUUGCCAACAGUAGUUGUACAGCAAUCGCAACAAAUCUCUGUACAACAAGCAAAUACGGAUGCUAUAGGAGCAGGACGAGGGGGGACAUCAAUUAGAGGGGGUACUAAAAAGAAAGGUACAAAUACCGCAAGAAAACCUAGCACUGGAGGUGGGCGUGCGAAACUACCAUCUUUAGAAAAAAGUAAUCCUGAUGUGUUGCCUCAAGCUUUAAAUAAAAUGGCCACAGAUUUCUUUAGUCAAGCUCAGCAAUUGGGAUUAAACACUGAAGCAGGUUCGGCAAUGUAUAAAAAAUAUGAGGACGCUAUGCGCGCAAUACGUCAACAUCAAGUUAACAAUAAUCAAUCUACAAGUUACGGUAUAUCGGCUUCACCAGACCAACCUUCAACUUCUAUGUCUUCUCCACAUUCAAUACCUCGUUCUAUUGCUUCUACCACCGCAAUAUCAUCGAUGAAUUCACAACAUCAACAAUCUAUACAGCAGCAGAAUCUGCAGCAACAGCAGCAACUCUUUACAUGGACCAAGAUGAUUCCGCCAGAGUAUCAAAGCAUCCACACUCCACAGCAAUUAAUAAAUGAAAUUAAUAUUGUUCAAGAGGCUUUGUCACAGCCCAACAUAGUGCCUAGUGUCAAACAAGAUUACGAGAAUAGACACCACUUUUUAAGAGCUAUUGCAUCGGUAAGAUUUCCGGUACAGCCAGGAGCAAGCGGCCUGGGUGCGGUUCCUCAUAUGCCACCACAAUCUCCAAGAGGAUUAAUGGGUCCUCAAGUAGCCAGAUCUCCGAUGCAAGUAAAUGCACCCUUACCAAGGGCGACAAUGAAUACGUUAGGUCAAAAUCGGGGCGUGGGAUCUCCAGCAGGCAAUGAUUUUAAUAGGAUACCUACUACGACACAACAAAUACCAUCUUCAUCACCCAUCCUUCAACCUACAAAUAUGACCUCUAGCCAAUCACAAGAUGGUUCGAUGAUGUCAACGAACAUGCAACAUCAACUUGGACAGAUGUCAUCAUCGUUACAACAGGUUCCUCAAUCACCUAUUACACAAUCACAAUCUCCACAAGUGAUGGUGUUACCACAAUCUCCACGAACACAACAACUGCAUCUACAGCAGUUGCAUCCUCUUUCACCGAGGCAGCAGCAUUCAUCUCAGCCUCUACAAUCUGUUACAAAUGAGGAUUUGAUGGAGAUUGACUCGGAUACAAGAUCAUCGACUUUAGCGCAAAAGACUGCGGAAACUCCGGCCAUUAAUACGGGCGUUCUUCAAUCGUCGCUUAACAAAAUUCAUCCAGGUCAUAACGGUAAAACUCUUGCAUCCAUUUAUGGCAGCAAUGCUAUCUACCCCGAAACAUCCACAUCAAAUGUGGUGGAUGUUGACAUGGAAGAUGCAGGUGCUCAACAUCUCUUACCGAAACGAAAAGUCCAGCAAUUAGUUGAUCAAAUAGAUCCAAAAGAGAGAUUGGAGCCGGAAAUACUCCUCGAAAUUGCAGACGAAUUUAUUUCAUCGGUGGCUUCAUUUGCAUGUUUGCUAGCCAAACAUCGCAAAUCAGAAACAUUAGAAGUGAAGGAUCUUCAGCUUCACCUAGAGCGAAACUGGAAUAUUCGUAUUCCAGGUUUUGCGUCCGAUGAAAUCAGAUCAGUCAGAAAGCCAGUCGUUUCCGUCGGGCAUCAACAAAAGAUUGCGGCUGUGAUGCAAGCAAAGGCCAAUAAGGCCAUGACGGCUGCUACAGGUCCAUCCAACUAA